UGCGAUUGCAGCUGGAGCCUUCCCGAGUCGGCUCGGGACAUAGUUUUGUUCGCUUAUGCCUCUAUUUUGCCCUGAAGCUGUGUGUAGUUUUGACUCGCAGCUUCUAUAUGAAGCUGACAUGGCUUCCUCAAGUUUGCUGUUCCUUUUGGGUGGUUCUACAAGAGCCUGUCCGCCUCGGCGUGUUAGUUACAUUGUGCUGGCUUCUGAUUCUGCUGACGAGGUCUGCUUGAUGUGCCUGGGUAGUGGCUGUGUGAGCUAAAGGUGUUGUAACUCUGCGGGGUGUAUUCAGAGUUUUUAAUAAGGGCAGUAAUUCAGGAUAAAGCUCUCUGCUGCAGAAUACUAUUUCUGUAGUAAGAUCAUAUUUGAAAGUGGUUUCUUUUCAAUUUUGGGUAGAGCCCUUAUAUUUUGGAAAUGGAUUGAGCCAAACAAAACUGGAGUGUUCAUUCCAAAGCACAAGUGAUAGAAAUAGAUCUUGCAUGUUUAGAUGAAGAAUAAGAAAUCAAACAUGGUUUGAGUUAACCAGGCCAGUAGUAAAGAAUUACAGCAGUUUACACUGUAGAAGUAACUCUGGAAUAAGUUCAAACUUAUGCAUGUAAUUCUUGAAGUCCUGUUAAGUAAUGAAGACAUUCUGAAGUCCUAAUCAGCCAUGGAGGAAACGGAUAGGGAAGCGGUUGCAACAGCUGUUCAGAGAGUAGCAGGAAUGCUUCAGCGUCCCGAUCAGCUGGAUAAAGUGGAGCAGUAUCGCAGAAGGGAAGCUCGUAAGAAGGCUUCAGUAGAAGCUCGACUCAAGGCAGCAAUACAGUCACAGUUAGAUGGAGUACGAACAGGUUUAAGCCAACUGCACAAUGCACUGAAUGAUGUGAAGGACAUUCAGCAGUCUUUGAUAGAUGUCAAUAAGGACUGGAGACAGAGCAUCAACACUAUAGAAAACCUCAAGGAUGUUAAGGAUGCUGUAGUGCAACAUAGCCAACUGGCAGCUGCUGUAGAAAAUCUCAAGAAUAUAUUUUCAGUUCCAGAGAUAGUCAGGGAGACCCAUGACCUGAUUGAGCGAGGGGAACUUCUGCAGGCUCACCGGAAACUGAUGGAUUUGGAGUGUUCUCGUGAUAACCUGAUGUAUGAGCAGUAUCGCAUGGACAGCAAAAACACGCAUGACAUGAACCUCAUCCACACGUACUUUGGGGAUAUGCAGAAGCUGUCUGAGGAAUUGGCAAAGCAGCUUUGGAUGGUGGUUCAAAGAUCUCUUGUUACGGUCCGUCGAGAUCCAACCUUGCUUGUCUCUGUUGUGAGGAUAAUUGAGAGGGAGGAGAAAAUUGACAGGCGCAUGUUAGACAGGAAAAAACAGACUGGGUUCAUACCUCCUGGCAGACCAAAGAAGUGGAAAGAAAAAAUGUUCAAUAUUUUGGAGAGAACUGUGAGCACGCGGAUUGAAGGCACUCAGGCAGACACCAGAGAAUCCGACAAAAUGUGGCUUGUGCGGCAUCUCGAAAUCAUCCGUAAAUACGUCCUCGAUGACCUGCUCGUGGCCAAGACCCUGCUGGAUCAAUGCUUUCCUCCACAUUAUGACAUUUUCAACAGGUUGUUAAACAUGUACCACCAGGCUUUGGCCACCCGAAUGCAAGAACUUGCUGCGGAGGAUCUGGAAGCAAAUGAGAUUGUUAGCCUUCUAACUUGGGUUUUGAAUACAUACACUAGUGCAGAGAUGAUGGGAAAUUCAGAACUGUCUCCUGAAGUGGAUGUAAAUUCUCUAGAUGCUCUGAUUUCACAAAAUGUGGUAGACCAGCUUCUCAACAAGUAUAUGUCAACACUCACUUCUAACAUCAUUGGCUGGCUGCGAAAAGCACUGGAGACAGAUAAAAAAGACUGGAUAAAAGAAACUGAACCAGAAGCAGAUCAAGAUGGGUACUAUCAGACUACCCUCCCAGCUAUUGUUUUUCAGAUGUUUGAGCAGAAUCUUCAGGUGGCUGCUCAGAUAAAUGAAGAUUUGAAAACAAAGGUACUCAUUCUAUGUCUUCAGCAAAUGAAUUCAUUUCUAACCAGGUACAAAGAUGAAGCACAGUUGUAUAAAGAAGAUCAUCUUAGAAAUCGUCAGUAUCCUCAAUGCUAUGUUCAGUACAUGAUUGCAGUCAUCAACAACUGUCAAACCUUCAAAGAAUCUAUCAUCAGUCUGAAGAGAAAAUACUUGAAAAGUGACAUGGAAGACACGUUGUCAAUCAGUCAUGCAAACAUGGAUGCAACUUUAGACAUCAUUGCUAAGGAAGGCUACUCUAGCCUGCUAGAUGAAGUCUUCAUGGAUUUAGAGCCACAUCUGAAUGAGCUGAUGACGAAGAAGUGGCUGAUGGGAUCUAACGCAGUGGGGACAAUCUGUGUCACUGUAGAGGAUUAUUUCAAUGACUUUGCAAAAAUUAAAAAGCCUUACAAAAAGACAAUGACUCUUGAGGCCCAUCGGCGAGUAGUUGUGGAAUACAUCAGAGCAAUCAUGCUAAAACGUAUAUCUUUCAAGAAUGCGGAAGAGCGAAAAGAGGGUGCAGAAAGAAUGAUCAAAGAAGCAGAACAGUUCAGAUUUUUGUUUAAGAAGCUUGCAGCUGGCUCUGGAGAGGACACUGAAGGACUCUGUGACAUCAUUGAAGCCAUUGCAGAGGUUAUCAAGCUGACUGAUCCUUCACUGCUCUAUCUAGAAGUUUCAACUUUAGUCAGCAAAUACCCAGAUAUCAGGGAUGACCACAUUGCAGCUUUGCUGACAGUGAGAGGGGAUGCCAGCAGAGAUAUGAAGCAGACUAUCAUUGAAACUCUGGAUCAAGGUCCAAGCCAACCAAAUCCAAACUAUGUGCCAAUUUUUAAAGAAAUUACAGUUCCUACUCUCACUGUGCCAAAACUUCUGAAGUAAUUGACAACUCUGUGUUUGUGUGUCAUUACUGCUCUGGGAUCAACAGGUUUGAAAUACUUGUGGACAAAUUUGGCAAUGCUAUUUUGAGUAAAGUUCAAUAUACAUUGAUACUUGCUAGGCAUAUUUCUUUCUAAAGACUUGGACAGGAGGAAAUGUGGGAUUUCUGAAAGAAGAAGGAUUAAAGGUCAUGUUUGAAGAACAAAGCUUUUAAUGGCAUGGGUUUUUUUAACUGACCCGUUUGUCACAGCUGGUUUUGCUGUCAGCAAAUACAUUUUUCUUGUGGAAUAUGUUUGCACAGUGCACUGCAAUGCUAUAUAAAGAUAUUUAUACCAAAACCUGCAGAGCUGUAUUAGUGCUGGAUAUACUAACAUACAUCACUUACAAUACCUAAGCAGGCUCCUUUAGAACUGUCUUUAUAUGGCACUGCAUUCAGUGUUCAUGUCAAUCCACUUUCACAUUAUAUUUUGUGUAUGUACUUAUUUUGGUGUAAAAUAGUUUAUUGCAGAAAACUUAAUUAUGAAAUCAGUUUCCUGACUUAAAGGACUGAAUGAAAUUGCUACAGUGCAAUUUGAUUAUAGGUUGAAUAAAGAGAUAAGGUACAAUUUUUUUUCACUGAUUGACUAAAAACAGCACAUAAAGCACAUCAGUUCAAUAAAAUGUUAAACCGUUGCUAUGUUCAGCUAUGAUUCUUUGCAUCCUUGUAGAUUUACAGAGCAUGUAAAUCUUUUUUGUUGUUAAGUGUGAAUAAAAAUUGGAUUUAAUAGUUUUCUGAAAACACAA